AAAGCUGUUGCCUGGGCGACGCGCUUGCCGCUUGUCAACCGCACGAUCCAGUUACUGUGGCCGCUUGCUGCAAUGAAAACAUCGUCGUUGGUGGGUGGAUAUAUGUAGGGGCCCGGUUCCAUCAUUUCUUUACCCCUAAAAACACUGACUAAGUGAAGAAGAGCAGCUAAAAAAGGACAUGAGGAACAUAUCAUGGAUUACAGCAGAUGUACCCAUCUCUGGGACCGCCAGCUGGCUGCCUUAUGCCAUUCUGUAGCCAGGGCCUCUGUGGCUGAGCUCCAUGCACCUCACACAUCAUACCUUUGACUUCAUGAAGAUCCUUAACAUCGGUGAUGUAAUGAAUAAAUUUGAAGUCCUUGGGAUUGUGGGUGAAGGUGCUUAUGGUGUUGUUCUGAAGUGUAGACACAAGGAAACCAAUGAAAUUGUGGCUAUUAAGAAAUUCAAGGACAGUGAAGAAAAUGAGGAGGUUAAGGAAACAACACUACGGGAGCUUAAGAUGCUCCGUACCCUCAAGCAGGAGAAUAUUGUUGAGCUCAAAGAGGCCUUCCGGAGAAGAGGGAAGCUCUAUCUUGUUUUCGAGUAUGUGGAGAAGAAUAUGCUUGAGCUGCUUGAGGAGUUACCCACUGGUGUCCCGACCGACAAAGUGCGCAGCUACAUCUUCCAGUUAAUCAAAGCUAUUCACUGGUGCCAUAAGCAUGACAUUGUUCACAGAGACAUAAAGCCUGAAAAUCUCCUCAUCAGUUCUGAUGACAUCCUCAAGCUGUGUGACUUUGGUUUUGCACGUAAUCUCUCUGAAGGGACUGACGCCAAUUACACGGAGUAUGUGGCUACUAGAUGGUACCGCUCUCCAGAACUCCUGCUCGGGGCUCCUUAUGGGAAGGCAGUUGACAUGUGGUCAGUGGGGUGCAUCUUAGGAGAGCUGAGUGACGGGCAGCCCCUGUUCCCAGGAGAGAGUGAGAUCGAUCAGCUCUUCACCAUCCAGAAAGUGUUGGGACCUCUGCCUCCAGAGCAGAUGAAGCUCUUCUAUAACAACCCUCGCUUCCACGGACUGAGGUUUCCUGCGGUAAACCACCCCCAAACCUUGGAGCGAAGGUACCUGGGGAUCAUCGGUGGAGGCCUGCUGGAUCUGCUGAAGAACCUGCUCCUGCUCAACCCGACAGAGCGCUUCCUCACAGAGCAGUGCCUGAACCAUCACGCCUUCCAGACCCUGCGGCUGGUGGAACGGCCCGGCCCACCCACGCCUACACCCGUACGCUCGGCCAAGAGAAAGCCUCACCACGGCGACAACACCACCCCCAGCAGGAGCCAUGGGGGAAAGAGCUCAGGAAGCCACCGAUCCAGCACCAGAGAGUGCUCCAGCUUACCCCGACAGGAAGAUGUCCUCCCAGGCAAUGACAGCUUUCUCAACGGCAACAUGUCUGCAGCCAUCACGCUCAGCCCCACUCUGCAUCCCAAGAACUAUCAGCCACAGAUCUUCAACCACUCCACCGCCUGCAGCAUGGACCUGGCCAGCAGCAACCUGCCUCAUCUGCUCAGCCCUGCUGAGGCCAAGAACAAAGGCGACUUUGAGAUGAAUUUGGGUGCUAAGGUACUGGAUGGACCCGGAGCCAAGUACCUCAAAUCCAACUUCCGCUCACAACAGAACCGCCACUCUUUUGUGGAAGGGAAGACCAACACGCUGCAGUCAGGGGACAAACACAGUCGACACAACCACAAGGAGUCCCACAGCUCCACGUCGUCCUCCUCUAAGUUUGGUUACCUUAACUUGUCUAAGAGUUAUGGCACGCUCAGCGAUGCCAAGUCAGUGGGAAACUUAAAUGAUGUGCAUCUGUACACAGAUGAGCCAACAUCACGCUACUUCCCUUCUAGCUGUCUUGACCUGACGGCUCCAAGCAGCCCAGCGUCCCGCAGAGUAGAAAGGCUGGGUCCUGGCUCAGCUGGCCGAGGAGGCAUGCGCUCAGACAGAGAGAGCAACACUCUGGACUCUUCAUACAGACGCUCCUCCACCCGUCAUAAGGCCUCAGAGGAGGCGAAGUCACCCGAUUCCCUGGAUCCAGGGGAAGGUAGCAUGGAAAGGAGCCACGCUCACUCCCUCUCCGCCCCGCAUGACCCUCUCUCUUACAGUCAGGGAUACACCAGCCCUUUCUCCUCCCAGCAGCGGCCGCAUCGCCACUCCAUGUACGUGCGGAGGGAUCACCAGAGGACGCACGGGGGAGACGAGGGCCUGCUGGUCGGUCAGGGAAUCCCCACCAGGGCCAGCAGCCUCCAGCUCCUGUCUCCUCAGCUUCAGCACCGCACGUUGCCACGCCACUCCGGGAGCUCCUCCAGGGAAGAUGACAUGAGCAGGAGCGAACAGGCACCCUCUGAGGUCACCCACAGCAGACCCCCAAUAAGGGACUCCACAAGGGACAACGCCGCAUCUUUUCACACACAGCGGCAAAAAAGCGAGGUUGGCCUAUAUCAUGACCAACAAGCAGAAGACGGAGGCUCCUCCAAGGAGAAUCGCAACAUCUACAGUGAAUCUAUGCCAAGGAGGGUGGGCAGCUUCUACAGAGUGCCAUCUCCCAGGCCAGACAACUCUUUUCACGACAGCAGGGGCCAGGGCCGGGACCCUGGCUUGUCUGGGGACGGCAGCAGUCUGACAAAUCACUCUAAGCGUCAGCCUGCAUUUGACCCCUGGACUGGCCCAGAUACUGUGGUCCUGAAUGCGAAUGAGCCAUCCAAAGAAAAGGAGAAGCAGGGUUUCUUUAGAGCAAUAAAAAAGAAAAAGAAGAAAACUCAAAUGGCUACCAGUGAAGGGAUUGACACAGUCAUCCAAAAGACCUCUAGGUCCUCUGGUCAUCAGAGCAGCCGCCACAGGAGCCGUGACAAGAGCAGGGACCGGAACCAAGAACGAGACCGGGACAAGGACUGGCCACGGGAGAAACUGUCCGAUUCACACUCUCCAAGUCAACCACUGAAGUCACUGCGUAAGCUCCUGCACCUCUCAUCCUCAUUCUCUAACCAGACGGCAUCCUCCGACAUGCGCUACCAGCCACUGCCUAACUCAGCCUCCGCUCAGGGCGGUUUUUCUGACAGUCGGGGUCACUCAGGGGUCAGCACGCCCCAGCUUAAGAGCCGACAGGGAGCCUACCCCCUGCCUGGCCAACUGGAGUCCGGCUGGCACUCGUCCGCCUUGGGGCGGCCCGAGGGCAACCCUUACCCAGAGCAAAUGAGCGUCAAGGGGGGCCAAAACGGGCACGGCUUCGGACGCCCGUCCCGGUCGCGCAUGCCAAACCUCAACGACCUGAAGGAGACAGCUCUGUAAUCCUUGUCAUCCUGCAGCUCUCACCCCCACCUCAGCAUCCUGCUUGCCUUCUGUUGCUCCUACACCUCCCUUGUAAAUGGCUGCACUUGCCGAACACACACAAACACCAAACCUUCUGUUGUAAACACUGCUUGCUAACAGGCUUAAAGCCUUUUUAUGUUGUAAUUUUUUGGGCCUCUGUGUUUGACAGACUUUAUAUUAUUACUUAUGUAAUUAUAAAUCAAAUUUGUAUUAUAAAGUAAUAUAAGUAAUAUAUGUAUAUUUAUAUAUAUAUAUAUAUACAUAUAUAUAUAUAGGUAAAGUGUAGAUUUUAAGUGUAAGUAUUUUUGCUUUUAUUAAAUAUAGAAAUAUGGUACAUUUUACUGUGUAGUAUUAACUUAAGAUUAACCUAAGGUACUUCUGCACCAAUCAAGUUGAGCAGUUGUUACAGCAGAGACUGGUAAUGUCAGUACUGAUAGUCAUCUCACCCAGGAUUGUGAUUCUUUUCAGGUGUGUCGCCUUUUGGCUGUGCUCUGUCAUUCUUGUUGCUGAUGCACACAUGUGCAACUACAAGUCACGGCUGACAGUGAGACAGCCUAAAAGCUAACAUCUGAUUGCUCAUUUGUAGGAUAUUAAGGUUAUUGUGUCUUUAUGAACUGCGGCCAUUUUAGAAAUAAUGUAACUAUAAACUAACCUCUAUGCGCUGACAUACACUGCCCUCUGUGGGUCAUAAUGAAGCAUUGCAUUACCUGUUUUCUAACAGAGGUACUCACAUGUUCCGGCUUCAAAUCAUGAAUCAGUCUUAUGCAGUUUAAAUAGAGCAAACAUAUAAUUAACGUUAAUUUAAAAAAAAACUGUUUUUUAUAAAAACAUCCAGAUAAAAGUGUUUCAAUCUAAAUCGGUUCAUUAAAUAUGUUGUGAUUUGUGCAAAUUUUAGGGAUGCAGUUAAUGGUAGAAAAGAUCUGAAGCUGACGAUGAAGGGUAGAGCCCUCUCUCCAUCCCUUACACAUUUUUUCGGCAACAAAAGAACAUUCUAAGUGGCUCGACUUCAACCUGUUUUAGAAAUGCACAAACUCAAAACUCUGUAACCCUUAGCUGCUGUGAAGGAAGAAUGUAAUUUAUUGUAAGAAAGCAUUUUGAAUACACCUAGAGAACCAUAAAAGCCAUUCAUAGGGGUGCAGUGUCUCUCAAAUUAGCUCUUCAUGCUUUUUAUUUGGAUACUACCAGCAUUUUAUGUUUUAUUGUAAAUUAAUAUGAACCUGUAAUUCUUAAGGACUGAGCAGUUUCAGCUAUUUCACUUUGACGAACAUUUACCCCCAUUUGCAUCUGUUUUAUCACCUUCCUGUAGGUUCUGCUAAAAGUAGCAAUGUGUGUGCCACUUCCAGUCUCUUUCAACCAUUUUUCCAGGAAUUUUAGCAAAUGGUUUUGAUUAUUUAUUCACAUGACUUUGCCAUGUAUCAUUUUUCUAUUAUUUUAGCAAUUGCUUCAUCUAGUCAUUCAGCAAUAGCACCCUCACAUUAUUUGCUGCCACUGGUAAAGAUGUGUAAAAAGCCUUCAAAUAAAUUCGUCUGUUAUUGCAGUAGUACAUUCUCACACUGAAAAUUUUAGAAAAAUACAACCUUAGCAUUGAAUAUCUUUAUUCAGAGAGGAAAUAAAUUUCCACAUAAUGACACUGUUUAAAGUUGAUUAGAGUUUCUAAAAUCUUCUAAUAGCAAUCUUUAUUUUUUCCUAGGGUAACAUAGAGGCCCCUUUUUUGAACCCAUGACCACUAGGCUGGACAAGGACCUGGGUUUAGUCUGUCACCACACACAGUGGUGUGGGAGGUAAAAAAAAUCUCCACAGUUCACUGUUAGAGAAUUGCAACAAGGGGCAUCAUAUUAUGGGUCACCAAGUCUCCAUGACAACCGUUAGAUGCCAUCUACACGCAAAGCUGUUAUGUGUGAGUAAUGUUAGAAAAAAGUAUUUUCUGUCAUAACAAUACAAACCUAAACUGGUGGAGUUUGCUAAUCGCUGCUGGGCCUUUAUCUGUUUGGUUUAGAUCAUUCUAAGAUUGAACACUCCAGUGAGCAUUGGUAUAAAACAAAAGAUGAAUAUGAGGAUAAGCACCUAGUACUCAUACAUACAUACAUAGUAUGGUUGUGGAUCUUCAAUGCUGUGGGCCCUUUUUAUCUUGUCAAGACUCAGGAAAACCUGCUAGAAUGCAUGGUAUCUUGGUCACUCUUCAAAAUGGGAAAGAGAAGAAGGUAAUUAGCUAAUUGUACUACUCCCUAAACUGCCCAUAUUAACAGUCAGGGCAAUAAUCAAAAGACUGGAUGACGACCGGAAUUUCUCUUGCCAACAUGCAGACAGCAGGAUCCUAAGAGAGGUAAUAAUAAUUACUUUAAGGCUUUGGUAAACAUCUUUACUUGGCAUGCCAAUAAUUUUUGAGGGCUCUCCUGUUUGUUAAGUUCCAUGCACCUUGAGCUGCACAGCGCGCUUUUAUACUUUUAUUUUAGCUCAUCUUAUUUUGUUUUCCUAUACCACCUGUUUUUAAUUAAGUUACAUUUUUCUCCAUUCAGCAUUAAAGCAGUUUUUUCAGGUACCCUUUGACCUGGUUGGGAGCUACUGCACUACUGCAUUUCUGACUGAUUAUCCAUAAUGGAACCACUUAGCAGGGGUUCUUAAGAUAACUGAGUGAAUCCCGAGUGCCAGGAGAGCAGCUCUGCAGAAAUAGGUCUUAAACAUUUUUUUUAUGUUGCACUUUGAAGAGUCUUUGCGGCUCAGCAAUAUUGUCCUGACUCUGUAAAUUCUUCCUCACUUCCUGUUCAUCAUGUACACAGUGUGUGUGUGUGUGUGUGUGUGUGUGUGUGUGUGUGUGAGAGAGAGAGAGAGAGGACAGGACCAGUAACACACUGAGUCAGACAUGACCGCAUGGCGUUGUGCGUCUGCAAGGACUGUGCACACUGUACUUGUCACGGUACGCCACUCUCUUUCAAAUGUGCCGUUUUGCUGAAGGAGCACCGUGUAUUAUAUUAAUACUGAUGUGUGACUAGUUGUUAGGUAAUAUUUAUAACAGAACAAUGUUUUUCAGCUGUUUAAAUGAGAUCAAGUAUUAAGUUUGUGCGUUUUCUUACAGACACGAUUUAGUAGCAUAGUCUGUGUUAACCUGCUUAUUAUUAUUUUUCCUUUUUGUUCCCAAAAGGGAAUUUUCAUGCAGAUAUAAAUCAACAAAUGUGUAAAAAUUUAGAAUAUUCAUGUUUACAUCUGUGACAGUAAAUCUCCAAUAAAACAAACUCAUUUGAUUGAAAUAG